AUGUCUGUCAACUUUUAGAUGAAACAAUGCGCGCUCUCGUUUUUAGUUGCAUGCGCGUUCGCGUAUCACCCUCCCCACCCAGGACGCGCGAGGCUGCGUGGAGUGAGCGCUCGAGAGUAUUGCCACUGCACGAGAGAGUGAUAUACUACAGACUAAAACCUCUGUGAGAGAGAAACGCAGAUCAGCACAAGCGGAGCAGUUUUUCAGUGAAUUAACCAUCAGCAACAUGCGCGUCACCGCCACGCCUGUCUUGAACAACACAGCAAACUAGGAUUCAAGGUCCCCUGGUGGGCUGCUUCCUCUCUGUCUUUCAUCACCUCCUUUAUCUCUUCUCCUCCUCUGAACUUUGAAGCCGUUUGACGAGCAAGGCCAUGGCACCGUUUUCCUCUCCCGUCCUCUUCUUGUCUCUCAUCCUCGUCCUUUCUCUGCCUCCAUCCUGUUCUCCUGAAUCCCAGCAGGAAGAACCUUCUCUCCAGCCCUCCGUCACUCCAGAAGCUCCAUCAGAGCUCUACAGUAACCUGACGGAUGACGGCGAUGACGCCGCUCUGAAAAAACCAUGCUCUGACAUGGUCAUAUGCAAACCUGGGAUCAUCCUGCCCAUAUGGAAGCCCAUCAAUCCCAGUCUGGGAGUGCAGGUCGCCCGGGCCAUCCUGUAUUUUGCCUGUCUCAUGUACAUGUUUCUGGGAGUGUCCAUCAUCGCUGAUCGAUUCAUGGCAUCUAUAGAGGUCAUCACGUCACAGGAGAAAGAGGUGACCAUCACAAUGCCAAACGGAGAAACAUCAGUGGCCACCGUGAGAAUCUGGAACGAAACCGUGUCCAAUCUGACCCUGAUGGCGCUGGGAUCAUCCGCCCCUGAAAUCCUCCUGUCGGUCAUUGAGGUGUGUGGACAUGGUUUUGUGUCCGGUGAGCUGGGUCCGAGCACCAUUGUGGGCAGCGCUGCCUUUAAUAUGUUUGUGAUCAUUGGAAUCUGUGUGUGGGUGAUUCCUGAUGGCGAGUCGAGGAAGAUCAAACAUCUGAGAGUCUUCUUCAUCACCGCCUUCUGGAGUAUCUUCGCUUACAUCUGGCUCUACCUGAUCUUGUCCGUCAUCUCACCUGGAGUCGUGGAGGUAUGGGAAGCUCUGGUCACUCUCUGCUAUUUCCCCGUUUGUGUGAUUCUUGCCUGGAUCGCUGACCGGCGCCUCCUUUUCUACAAGUACAUGUCCAAACGCUACCGUGCUGACAAAAGGACAGGGGUUGUUGUGGAGACAGAGGGGGACAUGACCCCCAAAGGUAUGGAGAUGACGAUGGAUGGCAAGUUUCCAUUGAGGACUGGAGCUGUAGGGAUCGGCACACAAGAACAUUACCAAGAUGGAACCGGUAACACAACAGGCACCAUGGGGACUCUACCCAACUCCAACAGCACGACCGUUUACAUGGACAGUGCCAAGGACCUGGACGAGAGCCGUAAAGAAGUGAUCCGUAUCCUGAAGGAACUGCGGCAGAAGUAUCCAGAUAAGGAGUUUGAUCAGCUGGUGGAAUUGGCCAACUACUACGCCCUCCUCCAUCAGCAGAAAAGUCGUGCCUUUUACCGCGUCCAGGCCACACGCAUGAUGAUCGGGGCCGGUAAUGUGCUGAAGAAACACGCAGCUGAUCACGCUCGCCGUGCUGUGGUGACAGGUGGUGAUGAGGCGUUGGAGGAGGACGACUUGGCCACCUUUAGCCGAAUCUCCUUCGAGAGUGCGCACAGCCAGUGCAUGGAGAACUGUGGCACCAUCGCGAUACCCGUGGUGUGUCGGGGAGGCCUGGGGGAGAGCACUUUCUAUGUCGACUACUGUACAGAAGAUGGCUCAGCCAACGCCGGCUCAGAUUAUGAGUACUGCGAGGGGACGCUGGUGUUCAAACCGGGAGAAACCAGGAAAGAAAUUAAGGUGGGCAUCAUCGAUGAUGACAUCUUUGAGGAAGAUGAACAUUUCUUUGUGCGUUUGCUGAACCUGCGUGUUGGUGAUGCCGAGGGUAUGUUUGAGAGUGACGAAACGGAUCAGGCUCCCAAGGCCCAACUGGUGGAACCGCUGAUGGUCACGGUCACCAUCCUGGAUGACGACCAUGCGGGGAUCUUCACUUUUACGGACCACCAGGUGCGAGUGUGUGAGAGUGUGGGUACCAUGGAGGUGACAGUGGUCCGAAACUCCGGUGCCCGCGGGACCGUGAUCAUCCCAUACCACACAGAGCCUGGAACAGCCCAAGGGGGAGGGGUCGACUACGAGGACACGCACGGAGAGCUGGAAUUCACCAACGACCAGACAACUCAGACCCUUCAGGUGAGGAUCAUUGAUGAUGAAGAGUAUGAGAAACAUGAGAAUUUCUUCAUCGUUCUUGAGGAACCGCGUUGGCUGAAGAGAGGAAUCUCAGCCCUGCUGCUGAACCAAGAGGAUCCGGAGGGACAGAUGACUGUGGAGGAGGAGGAGGCCAGGAGGAUAGCGGAGAUGGGGAAACCUGUCCUGGGGGAGCGCAGCCGGCUGGAGGUGGUGAUCGAGGAGUCCUAUGAAUUUAAGAGCACCGUUGAUAAACUGAUCAAGAAGACGAACCUGGCGCUGGUGAUCGGGACUCACUCCUGGCGAGAGCAGUUCGUGGAGGCUGUGACCGUCAGCGCAGGUGAUGGAGAUGAAGAUGAAGAGGAGGGUCGAGAGGAGCGUCUCCCGUCCUGCUACGAUUACAUCAUGCACUUCGUGACGGUGUUCUGGAAGGUUCUGUUCGCUUUCGUUCCGCCCACGGAGUACUGGAACGGCUGGGCCUGCUUCGUGGUGUCCAUCACUGGAAUCGGCCUCCUCACGGCCGUCAUCGGAGACCUGGCGUCACACUUCGGCUGCACCGUGGGCCUCCGGGACACCGUCACCGCGGUGGUGUUCGUGGCCCUGGGCACCUCUAUCCCAGACACAUUCGCCAGUAAAGUGGCUGCUACUCAGGACCAGUACGCAGACGCCUCCAUCGGAAACGUCACGGGCAGCAACGCGGUCAACGUGUUUCUGGGCAUCGGUGUGGCCUGGUCCGUGGCAGCGGUGUACUGGGCCGUCCAGGGAAAGAGCUUUAACGUGGAUCCCGGCUCGCUGGCCUUCUCCGUCACCCUCUUCACUAUUUUUGCCUUCAUCUGCAUGGGGGUGCUGCUCUUCCGGCGCCGGCCGUCUAUCGGCGGAGAGCUGGGCGGCGCUCGUGUCCCGCGUUUGCUCACUACACUCCUCUUUCUGGGUCUGUGGUUCCUCUACAUCCUCUUCUCCAGCCUUGAGGCCUACUGCCAUAUCGAGGGCUUCUGAAAGGAGAAACAGGGAGCGAACAACACACACUUAUAUCUACAAAUAAAUCGAAAGGGGUUUUGAGGCUCUAUAAGCCCACACACACACACACACACACUUACAAAACACAUCGUUGAAUGCACUAAUGCAAAUCAUUCAACUUAUACGAGACCUGGAGGAGAAUCUGAGAUGGAUGAUGUUGGAGAGAGAGUUUGUGAAAAAGUAAGCAAAGCGUGUUGCAAAAGUUGAGUAGAAGGUGGAAGCGACGCUGUAAAAUAGUCAGACUUGUAUCUUUUCGUUUCUCGAGCUCGAAGGCAGAACUGACGACUUUUGUUGUCACGUAACAGGUCUUUUCAUGGUUUAGGGGCACAGUAAAUCCGAGGAGAGAUAAAAGGUGUGUUCAGAACAAUAGUGAUGGCAUUUCAGAAGCUAAUGAAAAGCAGUUGUGCAUCAUUCUGUACUAAAGCAGUCAUUUAUGAUUGUCGCUCGAUAGAUUGUACAAUAUGAGCUCUCGAGUUAAAGCAAGACGGGCUGAAAGUUGUGUGUCACACUAGACUUCAAGCAUGUGAAAUCACUUUAGUCCCUGCAGUGGGAUAUGAUGUCAUUCUCUAGGGCUUCUCAUUUUAAUAAGUAAUAAAAUGUAAUUAAUAAUACAGUCUAGUGUGACCGCACCUGACUUUGAAAUCAUAGCGUACGAACCUGUUUACUAAUGUUGCCAAUGUUUCACCUGCUUGAUGUCUGUCGGAAGGAGCUAAAUCAAAAACUUAAGUUAGUAGUAAUGUGAAGGGAAUGAUAAAUAACUAAAUAUUGGUUUUGCAUAAAUAUUGUCCAGAAAUCAACUGCAAAAACAAUUUAUAAGUGACACAAUAAGCAGAAAAAGACUUUCAGUUGUGCAAUGAAAUGGCAAAAAUAUUUUGCUUUUUAAUAUUAUUUUUGGUUAAUAAUUAUAUGAAAUGUAAAUAUCCAACACAAGAUAUUCUUCUAUUAUAUUAUAUUCAGAAUCUUCAGACGAGUUGGCCAGUUUAUCAGCUUUAGUGUUAUGUAAGUUCACCACUGAUGGCUAUAUCUUCUCCCUUUUUCAGACACAUCAGACUCCGUUGUGCCCUACAAUAACAAACAAUAACAAAAAGAUUCCAGGAAUCUGUAUUAGGCAGCAAAAUAGUGUCUGAAGACUAGAAUAGAGCAACAGUAUCUCAUAGAUAGAAUUAGAAAGUUGUCCAUUAAAAACAUGAGUCUCAAUAUUCUGCUAGAUUAUCUUUCAUCUGAUCAGGUCAUUUUGACAUGAUAUGUUUUAAUCUUUGCUUAAUUUUUUUAAUUGGAUGUUCAUCUCAUUGAAUUUAGAUACUUAUUCUACACCUCAACAUUCCCUGGAAUUCACCAAACGAAGCUUCUUAUGACAUCACAAUGACCAGGAUGUUCUGAAACGGAACACUGGUCGUCGUAAAGAUUCCAAUCUUCGCUUGUUACAUUCAUUCUGCACUUUCUGCUGCCUAGAGACAAUGGAGAGCCUCUUUUAAAGUGUCAAUGUCAAAAAUCCAUGAGAAAACACUCGCCGUUAUCUCCAUACGCUCAAACGUCGAACCACUGGGAUGUUCGAGAAACUCUUUUCCAAUAGCAGUGUUCAUAGUAUGCUAAAAAAAAAAAAAAAAACUUGAUGCUGAAUUGGUACUGUCAAAGCAACUGUGACAGUUUCUCUUCUCUACACAGGUUUAUUAGAAGAACAAAUGAUUUAGGUGUCAGCUUUACUUCGGUGCAAAAUCUGAAGCAUGUUCAUGCUCAUUCGAUGCAUCCAGCGACUUUACAAGUUCUCAUAGCAAAGCACUAAAGUCAAAAUGUCACUGUACAGUUUCUCUCAGCAUUAUGUGAGCUUGUCUGGGGCUUGUCUUGAUUGAGCUGCGUAUUGAUUGGUUCUUUAUAAACUCAUUAGCUGACUAGUCCACUCAUGUGGAGCUGAACGCUGAUUGGUCCCUGACAGAUUCACAAUAAAAUGUUGUUUACUCAUAGAGAACUCAGGAUUGUGUGUAUAUGUAUGUUAAAGUGUUUUUAUGUCGCCAGCUCGUCUGUCCAGUCCAAAGAAGUGUGGUGUGUGUACUGUUCUCUUGCUAUACUUCAGAGCUGGACUUUUGUCUGUUGUCUAGUCAGUCGAAAUGCAUGAUGCAGUGCGUAUUGGCAGAUCUAUAACGGCAUGCUUUGACUCUGAAGACAUGCAUGAAUUUGAAGUUUACAAUGUUUGUUACUAAAAGGAGACAACCGUGAUGGCUGCCUAUGUCAGAUCUCUUUUUGUAAUAUUUUGGUGUGAGAUCAGUACUUAAAGGAAUAGUUCUCUCAAAAAUGAAAGUUUGCUGAAAAUGUACUUAUUCUCUGGUUGUCCAAGAUGUAGAUGAGUUUGUUUCUUCAUGAGAACAGAUUUGGAGAAAUGUAGCUCAGCAAUGGAUGCUCUGCAGUGAAUGGGUGCCGUCAGAAUGAGAAUCCAAACAGCUAAUAAAAACAUCACAAUAAUCCACAGCAAUCCAGUCCAUCAAUUAACAUCUAAAAAAGUGAAAAGCUGUGUGUUUCUAAGUAGCAAACCUUCGUUAAGUAGUUUUAUAUCUUCAAACUAUUGCUUUGGGGCUAAAAUAUGAGUCCCCUAGCUGUUUAUAAUUUAAUAAUUUAAUCUCAUCUCAUCUGAAUCAGGAUAGAAAUAUGCAUCUAUCAAGCACCAUUUACAAAACAGUUCUAAACAAAUAUGUUGGUGGAUUUUGAUGUGAGAGGACAACAAGGAAAAAUGUUUUAGUGGAUUAUGGACAUUGACUAGAACGAAUGGUGUGAACUCAAAAUACCAGAAUUGUUUCUAACACGCAGUUUUUGGCUUCACAAGAUGUUAAUUGAUGGACUGGAGUGCUGUGGAUUACUUGUAGAUUAUUUUCAUGUUUUUAUCAGCUUUUUGGACUCUCAAUCUGACGGCACCCAUCCACUGCAGAGCAUCCAUUGACGAGCAAGUGAUGCAAGGCUACAUUUCUCCAAAUCUGUUUCCAUGAAGAAAGAAUCUCAUCUACAUCUUGGAUGGCCUGAGAGGAAUUACAUUUUCAGCUAAUUUUCAUUUUUCUAUACAUUAAUUUACAAAAUGUAAUUUAUUUAAAUGCAGGAUGUUGAAUUCUUUUCAAGAAUGUCUCCUGGUAAAAAAAAAAAAAAAAAAAGGUGGGGGGGGGGUGCAUAAUUUCCACAUGCUUUGCCUCACAUUUUUUUCACAUUGAACGACUUUCACCUUUGUUAAAAGUUCACCAGAGAGAAAAAUGCUCUGACUUAGAUGUUGUGCAAAUGAUAAAGAAUGAAAUCUUGUUUUAUACAUGCUCAACUUAAACAGACAGUUAAUCUCUAGGUACAAAAUGCAUCAGUUGAAAAUUGGGAAACAUUUUUAUUUUCUUUAACAGAGAUUUUGAUAAUUGAUAUCUGAAACCCUGAAGGAUGGGGUCAAACACUAAAUCCUAGAUUAGCAGAAUCGGUUUUGUGUCCAGUUAUUGCCUUAAGAGACUUAUUAUUUAACAUUUCAUAGUUGUGUCUGUAUUGUGUUAGUGUUAAUGUCUUUGUUUUCUCUGAGUACAACAAACCAAAUUUAUUGAGACAAAUUGUGCGAUAUGCGAACCUACCCUGAGCAACCAGCAUUGCGGUUAACCCUUUAGUGAUAUUAGGUGCCUAUCCUGGCCCCUUUGCUUGCUUCGAGGUUUUCUUUAUUGCAUGUGCUCUGUUUCUUCUUAACGCUACACACAGAAAGUGCAAUAAAGCUGACAAAUGACAAGAAGAGUCAUAGAGAUAGUUAAUUGUUUAGGUUUAUCAUCACUGAUCUUAUGUUUUUGGUCUAUUGUUGAUCUGUAAAAAUCACCCAUUGCCCUGAAUGUCAGAAGUUUACUCUUUUUACGACUCUGUUCAUGCGGAAAGCUUUGUAAAACUUUUUGGAAAACGACUUUGUGACAUUUUCGGUAGGUGAUUUUUCUAUUUCCAAGUGUACUCAAAAUUGAUAGGAAUCUAGUUCGUUAUAGAUGUAAUAGUUUUUGAUAACUAUGUCCAAGAUGUUUAGAUAUUCUCAGUAGGUUUACUUGGGUUGCAAGUAAUCACUGUAUGUUGUCUGAUAAUUAAGAUUCAAUAAGCAGUGUUUAUUAAUGCAGCAAACUCAUUUUUACAUUGCAUCCUCACACCUAUCUAUCUAUCUAUCUAUCUAUAAUUAGUUUUUCUAAUAAAUUACAAGUAAUGUCUCUGUAAAACAGUUUCUUGUACACUGGGCCAAAGGCUAUUUCUAUGUAUUAAUUUAUUUACAAGGAAUGUAACUGAUGAUAACAGAGUGAAAUGCACUGUAGCUGUGACUGUCUCGUCUGUUGACUGUGUGAAGGGCAUGUUCAUUGGGUAAAAGGCCAUCUUGGCUUUUUGCAAAACUCGUCUUCAUGUGUUCUGGUGAUGAUGUUGCAUUUCUGAUGUCCACCAGCGGCUGGACGGUGUUCAUUACUGUAAAUGUGAAGUACAUGUGCCUCUAAUGUACAAAAUGCAUGAAGUACCUGUUUGUAUGCAUGAGCUGUUAUCAGUGUCAAAGUUUACAUUUAUAUCCCAUCUUUCGUUUCUUAUUUAGCAAUUUUUAUUUUACAUGCAGGUAUUUUUUCACCCAAUUCAACAGAGAUAUUUUAGAAAGAUUUUAGAAUAGAAUCGGAAGUGGGGAAGAUAACCCAUUGACAAACAGUUUGUUACAUCUUAAUUUCUGCCUAGAGAAAUGUGAAAACAUGUAUUACUUUCCAUGUAAAAAAAAAAAAAUGUCUUGUUGUCCUCACAGUUUUGUAUGUUGUCUGUGUCGACCCCAAACUGUUCUUGUUCUCUGCCAUGUUUUUGUGCACUUUUAUCUGUGUCUGUGAUCAUUCUCUUCUGCCUGUUAGAUUAUUAUGGACAAUGUCCAAAAUGAUGUGACAUUAAUUUAUAUAUAUAUAUAUAUAUAUAUAAUUAUUUAUUUAUUUAAUUUUUUUAUGGAAGUAUAAAAAGUCAAGAUAAAUUUAAAGGCGGAGGAUAAUUUUUUUGAAGAACAUGGCAUGAAGUGUACUGUGUCCCAAGAAGAAAAAAUAAUGUAGCUGUUAGAGCUCAAGCAGACCUUAUUGAAUAUAGCUUAUUUUAAACAUU